AUGCUUAAACAGCGUGCUGUGAAAGGGUAUAUCAAACGACUUCUUGUGGUCAACCGUUCUUAUUUCAGCUUCAACACGUCGCAGGUGCUUAGUCGGACUCGUGCCGCAUUUACGUACAGCAACCAUGUCACGUGUUACAGGAACUUCUUCUUGAAUCGGAUUCGAGCACGCAAAGGAACGGUGGAGGAAAAAGAAAAACGGUCUAUUGUGACUAUCGCCGCGGAACCACCAGCGCCAGCCCUUCCGGACACCGUCGAUGGCACAGUGCCGUAUCGAAGGUACUGUGAGCUGCCAAUCGCACGUCAUUUCUGUGUAUCGUUCAUCCCGACCGAUUAUUGCACUCUUCACACCUUUGUCCUCAUUCUCGCUAUGUUGACGCCGCCAAGCCACGAUUUGGAGUUGCCUCUUCCUCCUUCGCUGCACGCCGUCGGUUGUCCGUCGUACGGUUUGUCAUCUCCGGACGAAAACGUACGUUUCGCAGUUUUUUAUCUGCCCUCUGUUCAGUUGUUCGUAUGCAUUCGGUAG